CAAAGAUGGCACGAGGAGGCAGCCAAAGACGGAAACAGUCCGCAGCGGAUAAACAGGCGGCAAAGAAGCCAAAGGAUGGGAAUCCGAAGAGCAUGGUUAUUCGCAUUGGAGCAGGAGAAGUUGGCGCGAGUGUCACCCAAUUGGUAAAGGAUGUACGGCAGGUUAUGGAGCCGGAUACAGCAGUGCGACUAAAGGAACGACGAGCCAACAAGCUCCGUGACUACACCACCAUGUGCGGUCCCCUCGGCGUAACCCACCUCCUUCUAUUCUCCCGUUCAGAGGCCGGAAACACAAACCUCCGACUCGCUCGCACGCCCCAGGGACCAACGCUACACUUCCGUGUCGAGAAAUAUUCGCUGUGUAAAGACAUUAUGAAGUCGAUGAAGCAUCCAAGAGCUGGCGCAAACGACUUCCACGUAGCUCCAUUGCUCGUAAUGAACAACUUCAUAACAUCGGACGCUGAUAGGGAGCUAAUGGGAGAUGCGGCCCCCCCGAAGCAUUUGGAGAAGCUUGUCACCGACAUGUUCCAAGGCUUAUUCCCGCCUAUUCAACCGCACACCACUCCACUACAGACCAUAAAACGAGUCCUGUUAUUGAGUCGAGAACCGCCGGCUGAAGGCACCAACGGGACAUGCACGAUCAACCUUAGACACUACGCGAUAACGACCAAGGCCACGGGACUGCCGAAGCCGAUUCGAAGGCUUUAUGCCGCGGAAAAGAUCAUCAGCGGCAAAGAGAAGAAGCGGCGGGCUUUGCCAGAUUUAGGCGAGCUGGAAGACAUGGCGGAAUAUAUGCUCGACCCUUCUGCGGCUAGUUACACGUCAGCAUCAGAUACGGAGAUCGAGACUGACGCCGAAGUUGAAGUUGCAGCGCCGGUUACGAGAAAGGUCCUGUCAAGGAAAGAGAGGGACCGAGCAGCUGCACGAGAAGACGGUCGUAAGGCGAUGUCACGUAGUGGUAGACCAAAGGUCGAAAAGCGGGCUGUAAAGCUCAUUGAGCUUGGUCCGAGAAUGAAGCUGCGGCUGACGAAAGUGGAGGAGGAUAUUUGCAGUGGCAAAGUCAUGUGGCAUGAGUUUGUGAGCAAAAGCAAGGCGGAAGUCAAGGAAAUGGACGAGAUGUGGGAGAAAAGGAACAAAGAAAAGGAGGAGCGGCGAAAAAUUCAGAGGGAGAAUAUCGAGAGGAAGCGAAAGGAGAAGAAAGAUAGGGGUCAGGAGGAUGGUGACGAAGACGAGGAUAUGGAGGAUCUCGAUGAGUAUGAUAUGGAUGACGAUGUCUGGCACGACGAGGACGAAGAUGGUGGAGGCGAAGCGCAGGAUGAAAACAUGGAUGAUCAGGACGAUGGAUGAGAGCUGUGGCGGGAUAGUGGUCAU